GAAAUAAUUUUAUCGGGAGAUAAUGACGUCCUUGAGAAAUUUUUUUUGUUUGUCAAAAAGAUUAUUGAAGAAACAAGUUGUUAUUAAAAUUGUUAGAACCAAAACAACAUUGACAUAUGAUGACAAAUCUAAUUUUAAAAAUAUAAACAAACUAUUUUAUAAUAAUAAUAAUAAUAAUGACAAUAAUAAAAGUAAUGAUGAUAAAUCAAAAUCAAGAUUAUUUUUUAUGUCAGGUUUUAGUUUGUUUGGUAUUUUAAAUUUUAAUGAAGAUGACAAAGUUGCUGAGCCAGAACUCAUAAUGACAAUUAAAAGAUCAAUUUUAUUGAUACAGAAAGGUGAAUAUAAAAAAGCUGAACAAAUGCUUCAUGUUGCAUUGAGACAAGCCCAAUCAAUACAGAGUUAUGAUGGUGUAACAUAUGUUUAUGAUGUAAUGGCAAAUUUAGCAUUUGAAGUUGGUGAUAUUAAAAAAUCUAAAAAAUUAUUUACAUCUGUUAUGCAAAGAUUAUUAUCAACUGGUACAAUGGAGAAUGAUGUUAAAAUAAUUCAUAUGAGUUUAAAAAUGGCAAAACUUUGUGAAUCAUCUGGAGAACCUGAGAAAGCUGAAGAUGGAUAUUUAUUUUGUUUAAAACACAUACAAGAUCAUGCUAAAUUAACACCAGAUGACGAGGAUAUAUUGAUACUUUGGGCAAUGACACUUGAUUGGUAUGCUAAAAUGCUAUUGUCACAAUCAAGAUUAAGUGAAGCAUUGGAUUAUUAUCUUGAGGCUUAUCAAUUGUGUCUUAAAGUUAAUGGUAAACAACAUCAACAAACUGUUGUACUUUUAAAUGAUUUAGGAACAACUUAUUGUCUUCUUGGACAGCAUGAUCAAGCACUUGAUUAUUUAUUUGAAGCUAUUGAAAUUGGAAAACAAAUUCCAGACAUGCAAGACUUGAGUUCAAUUUAUGUUAAUCUUGGUAAUGUUUAUCUAAAAAAAUCAAUGCACAAUGAAGCCAAACAAAAUUGUACAAAAGCUCUAACUUUAUCUAAAAAAAAUAAUGAUGAUGAAACCAAAAUUCAGGCAAAUUAUUGUCUUGAUGAGGUCAAUAAAUUACUAAAAUAA